AAUAUGCGAUUUACUUUUAUAUUUUCCCAUAUUUAUUCCAUCGCAUACCCGAACUCUUCAGAACUCAGAUCAUCUCAUUGCGCUCUCUAAGUUCUCUAAAAUGGUUCAAUCAGCAAAACCCAUUUCAAGCCCAGUACCCAUUACAUGGUACCCAACCCUAGCGGUAUUUAUGCUUGCAAUUGGCCUUAUCGUAACUGCUUCCUUCUUCAUCUAUGAAGCUACUUCUCCGAGGAAAUAUCGCAGUCUCGUGAAGGAGCUUACAACUGGAGCAAUGGCAUCUGUUUUCUUGGGUUUUGGAUCCUUGUUUUUGCUACUUGCUUCAGGCGUAUAUGUUUGAUGCAUCCACAUGGUUAGAGAUGAAGUAUUGUACUACUGUUUCUACAUGAAUGGUUUUGAGAAUUGCAGUUGGUUUUAUAUGAUUUAUGAUUGAAAAUAGCAUCUGUAGAACUGAUCCUUGUCACCUGGUGUAGUCUUAGAAUUUUUAACUGAAUGGCAGCAUUGGAGAGCUUAUUGAAAAAUUGAUUGAGGUAAGUGUGACCUAUUAAGCUUAUGAUGUAAGGCAUUUUGAAACUUUCUAUUGUUGGAGUUCAGUGCAUAAAAAUUUUAGUAUUAAAGAA